UAUCGGCUAUGGAUAUGGUGAACCAGCUGUUUUGUGUAGUUUUGAUCCAACAAGUUCUUCCUCUGGUACAUCCCAAACAUAUUUAAUAAAGAUCCAGGCUAUCCAACCUUCAGAGAGUACUCAAUAACUGAUCAAGUUUAGUCAAGACAUGAAACGAGAGGCAAUGGAUAACAGCGAAGAGAGCUAUAUCAGUUGCCUUUCCGAUGAUUGCUUGCUUUCUAUAGUUAGCAAGCUUGAAAGUGAAUCAGACAGGAAUGCUUUUGGGUUAACUUGCAAGAAUUGGUUCAAGGUUCGAAAUGUUGCUCGGAAAUCAGUGGUAUUUCAUUUUUCGUAUAAUCCUAAAGUAUAUAAGGAGCAUGCCCAAUGCCUUGCAAAGAUAUUGGCUCGUUCUCCGUAUCUUAAGUUGAUAUCCCUUGCAGGGCUCACUGAGCUACCUGAUUCAGCUUUGUACGAAGUUGGAUCUUCUGGAACAUCUUUGAUGUCCCUCUCACUGUACUGCUGUUUUGGUAUAACUGAUGAUGGUCUAGCACAAGUGUCAUUCAGAUGUCCUAAUUUGGUUAUAGUUGAACUUUACCGCUGCAUUAAUAUCACAGAUGUUGGUUUGGAAAGUCUUUCCCAGGGCUGUCAUGAUUUGAAGAGUCUUAACAUUGGUUACUGCACGGCCAUAUCAGAUCGAGGGAUUAGUUCAGUCUUUAGGAAUUGCCGGAACAUUUCUGCAUUAAUCAUAUCGUAUUGCAGAGGUGUAUCUGGAGUUGGAUUUAGAGGUUGCCCAAGUGCACUCUCUUACCUGGAAGCUGAGUCUUGCUCGCUUUCUCCAGAGGGAAUGCUUGAUAUAGUGAGUGGUGGUGGACUCGAGUACCUAAAUUUGUACAAUCUAAAAAGUUCAGCUGGGCUGGAUAGCUUAGGUAGAGUGAGCUCUCUGACCAAGCUCAGGUUUCUGAAUCUGAGGAUGUGCCGCUAUCUUACUGAUGAUUCUGUGGUGGCAAUAGCGAGCUCGUGUCCAUUGAUUGAGGAGUGGAGCCUCGCUGUCUGUCAUGGCGUCCACUUACCUGGUUGGUCAGCAAUUGGAUUGUACAGCAACAAGCUAAGAAUUCUUCAUGUGAACCGCUGCCGCAAUUUAUGUGACCAAGGAUUGCAGGCUCUGAAGGACGGAUGCAUGCGCCUUGAGGUCCUGCAUAUAAAUGGCUGUGGCAAGAUUACUAAUACUGGCCUGGCACUAUUUAGCAUUGCUAGGCCCAGUGUGAAGCGAGUGAUGGAUGAAGCUAUGUCCAUUGGACCCCCUAUUGAGGAUUUAUUCCGAUUGUAGUGACGGAAACUCGGAAAGUUUGGUUCCCCGAUUGAGGAUUUAUUCUGAUCGUAGUAAACUCGGAAAGUUUGGUUAGAUUUUGUAAGUUUAGGCUUCAUAAGGUGCCAUCCCGUGUUGUCACCAGUGUUUUCUCAUUACAGCAAAAAAAUGUUUGGUUCUUUAGCCAUCAUCAUGUGCAUUCUAUUUGUUCCAGUCAAUACUUAUUUCGUUGUUGUAAGAUGUAACACUAAAGGAUGUUGCAGACAGAACACAAGUAUACAAACGAACUUCAAUUC